AUGACAUUUUCAAACCCCUUGGAAAUGGAUGACCUAAGCCAUAAGCUCGGAUCUGUCUCCUUGGAAACGCCGUUCAAAAAGGAGUAUUCCUCCUUAUCAUCUCACAGAAAACUCACCAAGCCUGUACCUGGCUCUUCCCCUAAAGAAAAGUACGACCCAGCUGCUUUGACACGUUACCCCCAGCUGAUUGAGAACCCAUCCUCCAUAAAACAUUCUAAGGCCAACUGGGGUAGAUUUGCGCGCAGCACCUUUGCCCGCAAUGCUAGAGUUUCCGGGGCCGGAUUCUUAGACAACCCAGAUAAGUUCAGCCGCGAGCAGAGGUUGGCUUCCGAUUUGAUGUUCAACUUGGAGGAAGAAGGGGAUGAGACACAGAAUGGCAAGGUUACGGCCGAAGAUUUAGUUGUCCCAGGGUUGAAGGUAAGUCUCUUGCCCCACCAGGUUCACGGCUUGCGGUUCCUCACCGCCAGGGAAGAGGACAUCUCUUGCAAAGGCGGCUUGCUCUGUGAUGACAUGGGACUUGGAAAAACCAUCCAGAUAUUGGCAUUAAUGCUCAAGAACCCCCUGAUGCCUUCAAGCGAUAAACCCCUGGGUGCCAAGAAGGAUAACAUACUCCGGGAUCGAAGUUGCUCCACGAUAAGGCCUACGCUUGUGGUCUGUCCCCUAGCCCUCGCGAGCCAGUGGCUGCAGGAAAUCACCAAAAAAGCUCCAGGACUCACUUCUGUGGUGUUCCAUGGACGAAGGCGCACGGCAGACCCCAAGGAACUCCUCAAGUAUGACGUGGUGAUCACCACCUACGAUACUGUUCGCUCAGAACGAGAAAAAACCCAUUCCGCGUUGUAUAUCCUCAGCUGGUGGCGCGUGGUGCUUGAUGAAGCUCACACUAUACAGAACAGCGCCUCCAAGACGGCCAAGGCAACGUUUGCGCUCGCGUCGCACCGCCGCUGGUGCUUGACCGGAACGCCUAUCCAGAACAACGUGGAAGGCCUUCAGGCGUUGUUUAUCUUCCUCAAGUAUAGUAAAUUCUCAGACAGUGACUUGUGGAAGACUGAAAUCCAUCUGACCAUAGUCAAAGGGGCGCCUGAGCGGGCCAUCAACCUCCUACGGAAUGAGUUGAGGGUUGUCAUGCUUAGACGGACAAAGGCUGUCCUCCAGAACACAGAGGCGUUCAGUUUGCCUCCCAAGACGGUUCAGCGUGUGUUAGUGCAUUUCUCACCUGCAGAGAGGGCGCAGUACAGGCGAAUUGAGACGAGGAUUGUGGACCGGAUUUUACGGGAUAUUGUGGUGGAUUCUGGUGAUAAGGUGGAUGUUAUCUGCUAUAUGGUGUAUUUGUUGCGAUUACGCCAGAUCGCGUGCCACUGGAAGUUGCUCCAGAAUGUUAAAGCCGGGGAUGUCGCCAUUGAGGAGAAAUUCGAAGAUGUAAUUGGUGAAACCACAGGCGUCAUGAAUGAUGAUACUAGCACGAGUAAGAGCCCCGAGGAAGAAACUGGUUUGUCUCCGGUGCCACAAUCUGACGAUCUCAGUGCCUUAUUUGGAAAAUUGAAGUUUUCCGAAAAGGAGUGUACCGUGUGCUGUGCCGAAAUCCCUGCCACGAUGAACACCGAAGGAUUAUGCGCUGAGUGCUUUGCCAGCUCGAAUCCUCCGAAGGAACAAGACAGUGCCAAGACAAAACGUCUCCUCGAGAUCCUUCUGGUGCAUCCCAAGCGAAAGACUAUUGUUUUCUCCCAGUUCACCUCCAUGUUGGACUUGCUCGAGCCAGUGUUGGCACGAAAAAAGUUCAAGUUCGUGCGGUACGACGGGGCAAUGCUGCGUGCUAAACGAGAUGAGGCUUUGGAAAUACUCCGAAACGAUCCAAGUACCACAAUUUUGCUCUGCUCGUUGAAGUGCGGGGCGUUGGGCUUGAACCUCACCUGUGCUUCCCGCGUAGUGCUCUUUGACCCGUGGUGGAAUCCCCAGGUCCUGGAGCAGGCAAUUGAUCGUGUAUACCGCUUGGGCCAAACUAGCCCCGUAGAUGUCUACGAGUUGGUGGUGGUGGAUUCUGUGGAAGAGCGGAUUAUCAAAUUGCAAGACAUCAAACGUGCGCUUGCUAAAGCAGUCACUGAUGGGGACAAGCUGAGCCAGCUCCAGUUGCUCGGUAGUAAGCUCAGUACCGACCAGUUGUUGGGCUUGUUUGGGGUGAGACAGGGUACCCCAAUCAAGAGGGCAUCACGUGGUUUGCGUUUAAGAUAA